UAAUAAACUGGGCUUUUAAGGCCCAAGUCUGUUUAAUUCGUAAAUCACGUGACUCACGUGAUUGUCUUCUUCUUCUUUCUUUAAAUAAUAAACCCCUAAAGUUCUCAGAAUCUUCUCUUCAGCCGCCGAUUGUGUUUCUCCUCCUCUCUACGAUCAUGGUGGGGUUUAAGAACAGGUUCAUGUUGAUGGAGGUUUAUCUCGACCCAGACAAGGAUCUCUUAGGAGAAGGAACUCCUGUUAUCCUCACGAAACUCAACCUCUCGGAAGCGAUCAAAGACAGCAUCCUCGUCAAUUUCGGCGAGUGCGGUCUCGCCUCUUGUCUCGGAUCCUUCCACGUCGCGUAUGUGAACCCGGUCACGAAGCUGUGCAUUGUAAGAUCGUCGAGAGAUGAACACAGGCGAGUUUGGUCGGCGAUGACGCUGGUCAGAAGCGUCGGGAACUGCCCCGUGGUGUUUAACUUGCUCGAUAUCAGCGGUUGCAUCAGAGCGUGUCGAGACGCGGCCUUGAAGUGCGAGACGGACAAGUUUAAUCAGUCUGGUAAAGGAUUGUCCGAAGAGGAGAUUCGAGAGAUGAAUAGGUGUUUAGAUAAGCUCAAACUGUUGUAAUAACUCGACUUUUUCGAAUUUGACCCCUAAGUUUUCAAAAUGUGCAAUCAUUCCCUUGUCUUAUAUACUGUUGCGA